UUCUUUUCACAACUAUUGCUAUUCCGAAGAGAAGAAAAUAUGGGUGUGAAGGGCAAGUUGAUUGCUUCAUUAGAGGUGAAGAGUGGAGGACACUCUGUUCAGGAUAUUUUUCACGUUAAUACUCUUCAUAUACCCAGCAUAAGCCCUAGUAAGAUCAACCAUUUUGAGAUUCAUGAAGGUCAAAUUAUAAAAGUUGGUUCGAUCGUUAGCUGGAAAUACAACGAGGAUGGAAAAGAAAAGAUUGUUAAGGAAGUGAUUGAAGCCUUCGAUCAUCAGAAGAAAUCAAUCACUUGGAAAGUGAUCGAAGGAGAUUUGUUAGAGUUGUAUAAUUACUUCACUAUUAUCACAUCCAGUGAAGAUCAGUGGACUACAUGGACAUUAGUGUACGAGAAGAAAACUGAAGACACCCCUGAGCCUCUCGAUUUCUUGGGUGUAGUCCUUGAUUUGACCAAAGAUAUAGAUAUUAUUGUCAUUAAAUUUUAAACUAAAAAUCUUAAUUUAAAGAUAUUUGUGACCCAAAAAAAUUGAACUAAAAAACUAAAAUUCAUAACACAUUAACUAAUUUCUAAAUAACAGCGUUAGGUUUCAUAAUAUGA